CCUUAUGUAUGUGAUAUUUUUAAUUGUUCAGGUUAUUAUUAUUAUUAUUUAAGUAAAAAAAAAAAACAGAACACUGCUGUAAAACACUCAUGAAUUCCCGACAAUCUGUUAAUGAUUAAUAAUUAAUAGUAAGUAAUACGCUAGAGUCAAUGUAUCCCAGAGUGCGCUGCAUGGACACGUCACUGGAGCGUACCUGCUGCACGAGCAACAUGGCUGAAAUCUAAAUGGCUCCUUAUUGGACAUUUAGUGUACUACUAUAGGUCGAGAAGCCGCUCCUUUCUCCUCCCUAUGUAGUGCACCUAAAGAGAGAGCAGCGUGCUGUUUGGUGUUCAGGUUAUGCGUUCGGAUGGUGCGAGUGGAUGCUCCGUAGCUUCAUUAACAGUAGUUAUUUAGACUACGUGGUGGCACAGGAACAGUUAUGGUAACUUAAUAUCUCAACUGCAACCUUAUUUUUUCCGUUGGAAAGGAAACUGCUACAAGUGAGUUAGUCUCCUUACUGCUGCCUGGAUGCGAGCAGAAGCUCGGGAUGGCAUACCUAAUGUCCAUCAUCUGUCGGGCUCUCCGCACUGUAGGCCUGGUCCUUUUCUUCUACGUCUUCUCCAUCGGGAUCACUUUCUACAACAAGUGGCUCAUGAAGGACUUCCACUAUCCUUUGUUCAUGACCCUGUUCCACCUCAUCAUCAUAUUUUGUUUGUCUGCGAUGACACGGUGUGCCAUGCAGUGCUGGACACGGAAACCUAGAGUCACUCUAAGCUGGAAGGACUACAUUUACAAGGUGGCACCAACAGCACUGGCUACUGCUUUGGACAUUGGACUAUCCAAUUGGAGCUUCCUUUUCAUCACUAUCAGUCUAUACACAAUGACCAAGUCUUCUGCUGUGCUCUUCAUUCUCUUUUUCUCCCUGCUCUUCAAAUUGGAAGAACCGAACCCAUUCCUGAUCCUGGUAGUGCUGCUGAUAGCUGUUGGAUUAUUUAUGUUUACACUUAAGUCCACUCAAUUUAACCUGGAGGGCUUUAUCAUGGUCCUGCUGGCCUCCUUUAUCGGCGGGAUCCGCUGGACCCUCACACAGCUCCUCAUACAGAAAGCAGAGCUCGGGCUCCAGAACCCUAUAGACACCAUGUAUCACCUGCAGCCGCUCAUGUUCAUGGGACUGUUUCCUCUUUUCAUGUUCAAUGAGGGGCUGAAUCUGAGUACAACAGAGAAGCUGUUCCGGGUGAAUGAGCUCAAUCCGCUGCUCUACUCUCUCCUGGUUCUGUUUGUGGGAGGUUCUUUGGCCUUUGGGCUCGGUUUCUCCGAGUUCCUGCUUGUCUCCCGUACGUCCAGCCUCACGCUCUCCAUCGCAGGCAUAUUUAAGGAGGUGUGCACUUUGCUGCUUGCAGUAGAAUUUAUGGGAGACAAAAUGAGCACAGUGAACUGGUUGGGGUUUGUUGUUUGUCUGUCGGGUAUCUCGCUACACGUGGGUCUCAAGACAUACUACAACAAAGGUAAUGGAACUACAGUAAGAUCACUGCCAGGCAGAGAAAACCCAGACAUGGAGCUCCCUCUUCUUAUUUCCAGAGAUGAUUGCUCUGAGGCAGAGAAUGAGGGCUAAAAUGAAGUGAGACCGUAACAGUUUCACACACACUUCAAGCAGAAGAAGCAGAAACCCACAUCGAUCAUGGUGAUCAGAGACCUGUUGAGCAUAUGGUAUAUUUCUGCACAUCAGCAGUGUUUGAGGAACAGAGAUGGCUGUUACAGGGGAAACACUGCAGUUUAGUCAUUGAGUCAUUGUGAAUAGGUCCAGCGCUGCAUGGUUCAUUCAUAUGAGCAGUAUGUUCACAAUUUCCAAAUCAUUAAAGGCUUUUAUCUGCACUAUAAAUGGACCAAAAACUAUGCUUCACUAAGCACCUUGACUGAGAUGUGAAAUGAGAGUUCUUUUAAUAAAUCUUAAUGGUGUACACUUUAAUCAGAAUGUUUAGAAAUUUCAGACAUUUGAUUGAAUUAUUUAUUUCUAUCAUGCACCUGUUGCCAGGUUUCUCAGUUGAAACUCAGGACAGUUUCCAUGUGGCCUUAUGAAUUUUUGUUUACACAAGAGUAAUUGAUUUAUGGUUGAUUUUUAGGUGAUGUAAUAAUUUGUUAAUUAUGUACUUUAAUAAUAGUUACGGAGAUUUAUUUUAAAUAAAGGAUUUAGCUCA